AGCGCGUAGUCUGCAUUUUUGUGAAGUAGAAGAGAUUUUUUGCCUUCACCCCGGAAGUAAAAUUGAAGAACGAUCACCGUGCAGGCAAAAAGGUUCAUCAGUCGAUGUUUAUUGGUCAAACAAUUUGCUGUCCAAUAGAGCAUGGGAGCUGAUAAAAGGACCAGUCGGGGAGAACGCAGCGGAAGAUAUGGCUCAGAUGAUCCGCGAGAUGAUUCACAUUGUCGUGACAGGCAUAGUCGUGAUGCUGAAAGGGAUCAUAAGCGCCAGGGGGCAGAUGACAGAGCCAAAGAUCGUUUUGACGACUGUCGAGACAAUCGUGAGAGGGGUCGAAAACGCCACAACAGUGACAGAUCAGAUGAUGAAUACGACGGAAACUAUGCAGACCAAGAUUAUAGAGAAGAGGAGGAAGAAGAGGAGAACAAGACGAUUAUGCUCAGGGGGCUCCCUCUUAAUGUCACCGAGGAAGAUAUCCGCUCAACCCUGGAGAAGCUGCCGGGUCCGCAACCGGUGGAUGUCCGCUUGAUGAAGAAACGGACUGGUAUAAGCCGAGGUUUCGCCUUCGUGGACUUUUAUCACUUGCAAGAUUCUACCAAGUGGAUGGAGACCAAUCAGUACAAGCUGGUGAUUCACGAGAGAAACAUCGCGGUGAACUACAGCAACAGGAAGCAGAGGUUUGACAACUGGCUUUGCAGCACUUGCGGUCUUUACAAUUUCCGGAAGAGACUGAAGUGUUUCCGGUGCGGUGCGACUAAAACUGAAGAUGCAACUACUGGUUUGAACGCAGAGUCGCAGCAGCCUUGGGAAUACAGUGGAGACACAAUAAUUCUGAGGAACCUUCCCCCUGCGUGCACUAUUGAUGAGAUUUUGAAGGCUUUGGCUCCCUUCGCCAACUUGUCUCCGUCCAACAUCCGCUUAAUCAAAGACAAGCAGACGGGACUUAAUCGAGGCUUCAGCUUUGUUCAGCUCUCUUCUCCCUUGGAAGCUUCGCAGCUGCUCACCAUUCUCCAGAGCCUCCAACCACCUUUGAAGAUAGAUGGUAAAAUAAUUGCCGUGGAUUACGCCAAGAGUGCAAAGAAAGAGUCAGCGCAGGCAGAUGCGAUCCGAAACAGCGCACUUUCUGUUGCCAGCACAGCCAUAGCUGCAGCCCAGUGGUCAGCCAGCCAGUUAAAACAAGGUUCAAGUACCACCACCGACGAGAACUAUGCACAUCAACCACAGGGACAGAAUUUUCAAGGAUGGCAGCAGCAAGCUCAAGGUUUGCCUCCUGUCACUGGUGAUGGAAUACUGGGAGCUGCUCCAGGGAUAAAGAAUAUGCUCCCUGCAGGUGUAAUCUUGCCUCAAGUUUUCCAACCCGUCAUCAUCAACCAGGCUGCCCUCCAUUUGGCAGGGCAGCUCGAUGCAACCCAACUGGCUUCGAAUUUUGGUGCCCCGUCAUUGGUCCCGGCAGCAGCCAACAUUGCCGUCCGCAACACUGGAACUGCUGCCCCAGACACGUCCACAUACCAGUAUGACGAGUCUUCUGGUUACUACUACGAUCCAAUCACCGGACUCUACUACGACCCCAACAGUCAGUACUACUACAACCCUGAAACGCAGCAGUACGUCUUCUGGGACAACGAGAAACAGGCCUACGUUCCUGCGCCGCCUGCGUCGGACGCAACGAGCACCACCGCUUCCUCUUCAGCUAGCAGCACCAGCAACAAGGAGCCCAAAGAGAAGAAAGAAAAGCCCAAAAGCAAGUCGGCACAGCAGAUCGCUAAGGACAUGGAGCGUUGGGCAAAGACGUUAAAUAAGCAAAAGGAAAGUGUUAAAACCAAUGUUCAAGCUGUGGGGGCGCAAAGGGAUGAAGAGAAGAAAGACGCCGCUGAUGCUUGUUUCACCAUUUUUGAGAAGAAGCAGACAGGAGCUUUUGAGAUGCCGCCCCUUCUGACUCAACAGGUCAAGCUGACAGAGCAGGAGCCGCCAGCUAAGAUCGCUCCAGUCGUCGCUAACGACAAGGUCAGCGAACCCGACGAGGGUGGCUCGGAUUCCAAAGCAGACGACAGCGGCAAAAUAACCGAUUGGGCCAAGUUGGUUUGCCUCCUGUGUCGCCGGCAGUUCCCCACAAAAGAGGCUCUGCUGCGGCACCAGCAACUCUCUGACCUUCAUAAGCAAAACCUGGAAAUCCACAGACGGUCCCAGCUCUCUGAAGACGAGCUGGAGGACCUGGAGAGGAAAGAGGCUGAGCUGAAAUACCGAGACCGGGCUGCAGAGAGGAGAGAGAAGUACGGCGUUCCGGAUCCUCCUAAGAAAGUCUUCAAGCGGGCCGCCCCAACCGUACACUACGAGCAGCCCACCAAGGAUGGCCUGACGAGUGACAACAUCGGAAACAAGAUGCUCCAGGCGAUGGGCUGGCAGGAAGGCAAAGGCUUGGGGCGCCACCAGCAAGGCAUCACUGUUCCUAUCUCAGCUUCCUUAAGAACCAAGGGUACCGGCUUGGGAAUUAAAGGAAGCAGCUUGGAAGUGCCGCCGUCGGGCAACUACAAGGAUGCCGUCCGCAAAGCCAUGUUUGCGCGCUUCACUGACAUGGACUGACAAAUACAACCUCAACCCCAACUUAUUUUUAGGAAAUUAAUUCUUAUCGGUUUACAUUCAUGGUUGCUCCAGCUGUGAGGCGGAUUGUGCCCUGGAUUGUUCAGAUGGACGGUCAUUCACACACUGUCAUGCACAUCCAUCAUCGCUGAGCAGUAAUCGAUUAUUGGUGACAAUGUACAGCGAAAUUACUCAUUCUGUUUGUGAAUGGCAUUUUAUACUUAUAUGAUUUAGUCUUUCCACAUGACCAUUUUAGUUGCACAAACAUGUACAGUACAUGGGUUUGUAAAGGAAACUGUAAGAUGCCUUAGCAAUAUGAUGAUUAAAAAAAAAAAGAUCUUUUUGCUCACUAUCAUA